AUGCUUAUUUUGGGCCUUGAUAAUGCAGGCAAGACAACAAUACUCAAUCGUCUUCAAUCUGGUAAAGUUGUAAUAACCACUCCAACAAUUGGUUUCGAUGUUGAAACUAUACGGUAUAAAAAUUUAGAAUUUGUGCUUUGGGAUGUUGGUGGCGGAACCCCUCUUCGUCCUCUUUGGCGUCAUUAUUAUUCAAAUACAAAUGCAAUCAUAUAUGUUGUUGAUUCAAUGGACCGUGAUCGUAUUCAUAUAUCAAAACAUGAACUUGUCUCAAUGCUUCAAGAAGAUGACCUUAAAAAUGCUGUUUUAUGUGUAUUUGCUAAUAAACAAGAUCUAAAUGGUUGUAUGAGUAUUAGUGAAGUAGAAAAUGCGCUUGAUUUAACAUCAUUAAAAAAUCGUAAAUAUCAAAUAUUUAAAACAUCAGCUAUUGAAGGUAUUGGAUUCAACGAAGCUAUGAAGUGGUUAGCAAAUUCAUUACAAAAAAAACAAGUAAAUUAUAUUACAUAA